AUGUCACUUCACAGUACCAAUUUGGACAGUAUAUUACCUCUUGUGAACAGAGGUAAGGUCAGAGACAUCUACGAAGUCAAUGCGUCUACUCUUUUGUUUGUAGCCACUGACAGGAUCUCCGCCUAUGAUGUGAUUAUGGAAAAUGGCAUCCCUAACAAGGGUAAGAUCUUGACAAAAUUAUCUGAGUUCUGGUUUUCUUUCUUAUACAACUAUGCACACAACCAUUUGUUGUUAGAACCUCACUGUGACGAAGAUGAGAUCUUUAAGCACUUGCCUGCUGAAUUGUCUGAGCAUAAGUACAAGCAGCAGUUGGUCGGAAGAUCAUUGCUUGUAAAGAAGAUGAAGCUCAUUCCUUUGGAGGUGAUUGUCAGGGGAUACGUAACUGGCUCUGCUUGGAAGGAGUAUAAAAAGCUGAAGACCAUUCAUGGAAUCCGAAUUGCUGAAGAUUUGCAAGAAUCCCAGGAACUUUCCACUCCUCUCUUCACGCCUUCUACCAAAGCUGAACAAGGUGAACACGACGAGAAUAUCACUCCUGAGCAGGCACAGAAACUUAUUGGUAAAGAGCUUUGUGACAAAGUUGCGAAGAUAGCCAUUGACCUCUAUACUAAGGCGAAGGAAUACGCUAAAGGCAAGGGCAUAAUCAUUGCUGACACCAAAUUCGAAUUUGGUUUGGAUGAAAACGACAAUGUCGUGCUUGUUGAUGAGGUUUUGACCCCGGACUCCUCCAGGUUCUGGAAUGCGUCCAAGUAUGAAGUGGGCAAGUCUCAAGAGUCUUACGACAAGCAAUUCUUGAGAGAUUGGUUGACUUCCAACAACUUGAACGGCAAGGAUGGUGUUUCCAUGGAUAAGGAUAUCGCAGAAAAGACCAAAGAAAAAUACGUUGAGGCUUACGAAGCUUUGACUGGCAAUACCUGGAAAGAUUAG